AUGUUGAUCAGGAAGACAAAUAAGGGGAAGGACAUUGCCUUGCAUGAGGCAGUGCGAUAUGGGCAUUAUGCUGUGGUGAGGUCAUUGAUUGAGAAAGACCCUAAGUUUACCUAUGGUGCUAAUGAUUCAAGUACCACUCCUCUUUACAUGGCUGCGGAGAGAGGAUUUACAGACUUGGUGGAACUAAUCAUAAAAAAAAGUAGUACUUCGCCCUCUUACCAUGGCUUAAUGGGUAGAACGGCCUUGCACGCUACUGAUCAGAUUCGAGAGCAGUUCGAGUGGGUUAUGCCUGAAACCAAAUCUUUGGAAGCUAAGAAAAGGGAGAGAGAAAAAAAAAGCAGAGCGGACGAGGAGAAAUCCUUGACAGCCUACGACAUGAUUUUGAGGCAUGAGGAGAACAGUAGAGGGGAAAAGGAUAUAUUUAACAAAUUAAUGGACAACAAGAAAAGCAAGGAGGACAAGGAGAAACGCACCUCUGCAUUACGAGAACAAGGCAAAGACCAUUUGAUAGUUUCUGCGCUUAUAACAACAGUAACUUAUGUUGCGGGUUUCACUUUGCCCGGUGGUUACAAUGGUGAUGAUGGCAAGGCAAUUUUAUCAAAGAAAGCAGCUUUCGGAGCAUUUGUUGUGACGGAUACCAUAGCCAUGGUCUCCUCACUAUGCGCUGUAGCAGUGUACCUAAGAGAGCGAGCCCUGCAGGUUGAGCCGUUGUUAGCCUUGGAUAGGCGUUUGUUAGGCUGUAAGAGGAUUGGGGUGACGUCUCAUAAGGUUUGUUAA